AUGCUCCGGUGUUCGACUUUUUGGGCAGCACUGCCGAAGGUUGAGCGACGCCGGCGAAAAGGGCAACAAAUGACUCGUUCACGCAUGCCUGAUCUGCCGAAAAGUGCAGGGGGUUAUUUUUUCCGUCAACUCCGACCAUAUCUUCCCCCAGCCUGGCAGUAUGGCUGGCGCUGGAAGUUGCUGCAGGGCAUAUGGCUUGGUAGUGCUCUCUCCUUUUCAAGUUAUUUGGUUUACGUAAUGUAUUUUCGCGACUCGGACUCAGAUAUCGCACAAAGGGCCGCGCAAUAUACGUACGUGCGGAAUGAACAUGGCCAAGUUGUCGACAUCGGCUACAAGCCGCUUAUUGACGCUGCUCACCGUGCUCGGCGUCGCGCGCAGCGUCUUUUAGAGGAAGAGUGUGAGGAAUGA